CUAAAAUUUGCUAUUCGGAUAUCUUUUUGCCGGCGACCCUUGAAAUUUUCGAUCUCGAACCUUACUGCUUCUCGUUUGAUCUUAUCUUCGACUUGGAAGGCCUUGCGAACCCAUACAUAUUAACAAAUCAUGUCUCGUUUUGAUAGAGGUCGCUCCUUUGAUCCAGGGAGCCGUUCAGAGCGUAAAAGCUUUGGAAGUGGUGGGGGUGGUAGUAGAGGAAGUGGCCGAGGUGGUUUUGGUGGAGGAUCAUUCAGAGGGGGGGGUGGUGGAGGAUUUGGUGGCAAAAAAGACAAGUUAAACAACAGCCCAGGACAGCAUCUUAGGAAACCAAAGUGGGAUCUAGAUGCCCUGCCCAAAUUUAAGAAGGAUUUCUACCGAGAACAUCCAAAUGUGCAAAACAGAUCCAUGCAAGAAGUUGAGGAAUACAGGAGACGUUCUCAGCUUACUGUUCAAGGGAGGAAUGUCCCUAAGCCAGUAGUAACAUUUGAAGAAGCUAGUUAUCCAAAUAAUAUCAUGGAUACAAUAAGAAGUGAAGGAUUCCAAGAACCAACUGUAAUUCAAGCCCAGGGUUGGCCAGUUGCACUAAGUGGAAGGGACCUUGUUGGAAUUGCACAAACUGGAUCAGGAAAAACUAUCUCUUUCAUUUUACCAGCAAUAGUUCAUAUCAAGCACCAACCUCUUGUCCAGCGUGGAGAAGGUCCAGUGGCUCUUGUCCUUUGUCCUACAAGAGAAUUGGCACAGCAGGUGCAAACUGUGGCCUUCCAGUAUGGUCGCAAUACCAAUGUCAAAAGUGUGUGCAUCUAUGGAGGGGCACCCAAGGGACCCCAAAUUCGUGAGCUUGAAAAAGGGGUGGAGAUAUGUAUUGCCACACCAGGAAGAUUGAUUGAUAUGUUGGAAGCUGGCAAAACAAACUUGCGACGCUGCACAUUUCUGGUACUUGAUGAAGCAGACAGGAUGCUUGACAUGGGCUUUGAACCACAGAUCAGGACAAUUGUUGAACAAACAAGACCAGACAGACAGACACUCAUGUGGAGUGCUACAUGGCCCAAGGAAGUGCAAGGGCUGGCGGCUGAUUUCUUGCGGGACUGUGUUAACAUCACAGUUGGCUCAGUGGGGCUCACUGCUAACCACAAAAUCUUACAGAUUGUGGAUGUUUGUGAUGAAACUGAAAAAGACUACAAGUUGAUCAAGCUUUUGGAAGAGAUAAUGGGAGAGUCUGAAAACAAGUCACUCAUUUUUACUGAGACAAAGAGAAGAGCAGAUGAACUAACAAGAAGGAUGCGUAGAGAUGGAUGGCCAGCAAUGUGCAUUCAUGGGGACAAAUCACAGCCUGAAAGAGAUUGGGUAUUAAAUGAGUUCAGGAAAGGUAAUGCUCCUAUUCUGGUUGCUACUGAUGUUGCCUCCAGAGGACUAGAGUAGGAUUAUUCUUUUUAAUCCGAGGGUUCAUCAUCCUUGCUGUGGUUACUGUUUUCCUUGAUUGGAGGGAACUGUGCAUGACCUUGGUUUGUCAGCUGAGCUGGAGGGAAAGGAGCAGUUUCAAUAACUCCUUCUUUUUUAAGAUGUUUAGCUUGCAUAGAUACCAGAAUUAUCUUUCCAUAAAAAGUGUAAAAAAUAAAUUUUACUUUGCAAUCUUGUGGGCCACUGUCAGAAGCACUUAUGCAUACAGCUAUAAAAUAUCCUACAUCUCAGGAAAUUUCUCAAGUUACAGAAACAACUGGCAAAAUAGAAUUUUCACAAUAGGAGAACAUUUAUUGCUCCAGAUACUUUUUAGUUUGCUGUGGUAAAAGUUUGUGUUCUGGUAGGAAAAUAUAGUGCCUCCUCUUUUUAGUUACUUGUGGUGGCAAUUGCAUUCAUGAAUAGCUAUUGCUAUCUAGAAUGCUGGCUGCUGGUCUCAUUUAUCUGUGCUUCCAUGAACAUGAGACUAGAAUCAAAGCUUGAAUUUCAAUUAAACUGUGUUGAAGAAAGAGCAAACAGUGGAGUUGUGUUUGAUGGUUGUACAGAUGGAGUUAGGUUCCACAGUAAUGUAAACAUUUGUGGGUCCUGGCAGAUUCAGCUUUUGUUGCAUAAAUGUACUAUCUGUACAACCUCAAGCUCUUAAGUCAAAGUCCAGUGCUCUGACUUACUAUUUCCUUGAAAACAACUCCAGUGCUAAAACAUCAAAGGCAACUUGCUGUCAGCUUAGUAUUUAUUUUCCAUCCAAACAAUUAAUGAAGAUGUCAAUAUUAAUAAAGCACUGGGCUUUGACUUAUAAGUUCAGUGCAUUAGGUCAAAAUUUCUCUGUUUUGUAUACAGAAAGUCUCUUAUGCACACGUUAAUGUAACUAAAAUGGAGUUAAAAAACAUGCAGGUAAAUUUACUAAUUCUGUUGCACCUUAUCCUAUAUCUUCUAUGUUGUGUCGCAAUGUAGUGCUGAAUCAAAAGGGCCCACAAAGUUUGCAUUCUGUUCACCUUAAGCAGCAGGCAGAUAUGCCUGCAUUGCUUUUAAUGUGUCAAAGAGAAACCCUCUUUUCUGUUCCUUCCCUCCCAAUCAUCUGGACGCGCUGAGUCAUGGUUUGGUUCCUGCUUCAAGUGUAACCUGGUGAAUAUUUUUUUAUGCCGGCUCCCAGAGCAGAAAUGAUAGCUCUAGUAUUCAG